UUGUUAACUUCUCAGCGUCUUAGAGAGCUUUGUGAAAAUGUACGUGGCGGCGGUGUUCACGUUGUGCCUCGGUGCUGUUUUGGCUGCUCCUAGUUUUGAUCGGGUACUUGAUGAGCAUUGGGAUCAAUGGAAGUCUUUCCACAAUAAAGAAUAUCAUCAGAAGGAAGAGGGAUGGCGACGGGUGGUGUGGCAGAAGAACCUGCAAAAGAUUGAAAUGCACAACCUUGAGCACUCCAUGGGCCUUCAUUCUUACCGUCUGGGGAUGAAUCAUUUCGGUGACAUGACUCACGAGGAGUUCAGGCAGGUCAUGAACGGUUACAAAAUGAAGACGCAAAGGAAGUCCAAGGGAUCCCUGUUCUUGGAGCCCAACUUCAUUGAGCUUCCCAAAAAGAUUGACUACAGGGAGAUGGGAUAUGUGACUCCAGUGAAGGAUCAGGGUGAGUGUGGCUCUUGCUGGGCCUUCAGCACCACCGGAGCCAUGGAGGGCCAGGUGUUCAAGAAGACGGGCCAGCUGGUGUCCCUGAGCGAACAGAACCUGGUGGAGUGCUCACGGCCCGAGGGCAACGAGGGGUGCAACGGCGGGCUCAUGGACCAGGCCUUCCAGUACAUCAACGACAACGGCGGCCUGGACUCUGAGGAAGCCUACCCCUACCUGGGCACUGAUGAUCAGCCCUGCCAUUAUGAUCCCAAGUACAACUCUGCCAACGACACAGGCUUCGUGGACAUCCCCAGUGGAAAGGAACGCGCCCUCAUGAAGGCCAUCGCUGCUGUUGGCCCAGUGUCUGUGGCCAUCGACGCUGGACACGAGUCCUUCCAGUUCUACCACUCAGGUAUUUACUAUGAAAAGGAAUGCAGCAGCUCCGAGCUUGACCAUGGUGUUCUGGCCGUCGGCUAUGGCUUUGAGGGCGAAGAUGUUGAUGGCAAGAAGUACUGGAUUGUCAAGAACAGUUGGAGUGAGAAGUGGGGUGAUCAAGGCUACAUCUACAUGGCCAAGGACCGGAAAAACCACUGCGGCAUUGCCACAGCUGCUAGCUACCCACUCAUGUAAAGAGGUCACCAGUCGCACCGCCACUUUUAUUCGUUUUUAAAUCAUCGCUCCAGUGUGUCACCCGGCUCGCUUGUGAAGUUUCAGCGUCUUGGCCUUUUUUUAAGUGGAUACUUGGGAGUUCUGUUUAAAGAUGCUGAGACUGAGACUGAAGUGCACUAUGUAAGGGAAUAGCGGGCCAUUUUGAAAUGUGAGUUCUGUACGACUACAGCCUUUAAAGGCUGCUGCUCCAGCCCUGCAGGUGACUGUCAGGGCUGAUCUAUACAAGAGAAAAAAAAAAAAAAACACUGUUCAUAGAGGGAAUUGACUUUUUUUUUUUUUUGGUCAUUUUAUGCCACCUUGAUUUCUAGGUUUUAUAAAUUGUUAUGUAAAUAUGUGUACUCCAUAUUUCGGAAUUGUCUUUUAUCUGUUAUAGGCCUGUGUUUGAAGAUUUUUUUAUUUCUACCUCCUAGCACGGUCAAUAAAAGUUUUAAAAAAUCCA